UUAAAAUCCCCUCGCAGAUGAGAGCUCUUUUGUGGUAGGGAAAUCCCCAGUAACACUCCCCGGUUACUGUGUCUUGCGCAAGCAAACGACGUUUUGUACACAGGAGAGACUAUUGUAAUGUACAAAGAGUAUUUGUCAGUAUGUACAAAGUGAUUUUUGUCGUUUUGUCGAGAAGUGAGAUUAUUUCAUCACACAAAACGUAUUAGUUAGUGUACAUACAGCCCCCCAAGGAGUAGCCUGUUUGUAACCAGAUUGUUUUGCGAUGUUACCACUUUACCAAAUGUAGAUAUAGUUAAGCGUAAGAUAAUGGGGCGUUCAAAGGAGAACGCAAAACUAAUUGCUGAGCCUUUUUAUAACUAUCUCAAGGAGAAGGGUGCAUUACGAAGUUAUUCAAAACCUCAACUAAGGGAAGAGUACAUGGAAUUUAAGAGGUCAACAUAUCUACCACAUGCCUCGUAUAGCAACGUUUUGUGGCAACUAGCUAGAGGAAAACCCAAACUUGCCAAUGUACGAAAUGGUUAUGUAUCUUUCAAAGGUACUAAUGACUGGUCACAAAGAAACAGAUCCAGACAACGAACAACCCCUAAUGAUAAUAUACCUGGUGGAGUUAAUUUGGAACGCAGCAUGAUAUUUAAUUAUCUGAACCAAACCAAAAAUCGGGAUGCAUUACUUAAUGGAAACUCCUCUACUGUUGAUAUUACAUGUUCACCUGCUGAAGUGGAAGAACAUUCAGGCUACUACACUUGCAAUGUAGAGGAACGAAAAACGUUUCAAAUGGUGGUGAGAAACAAAUGUCGAGAAAUGUUGGUUUUGGAAAGAUGUGUAUUCUUGAGACACAAUGAGAUCAUGACUUUGUCAGAUGAAGUUGGCUGCACCAAUCUCUUAAAUUCAACAGAUAUCGAAAUAUCACCAGGGGAAGAGUAUCCGAUUACAGUCACUUGCAUUGUGCCAAAUCAAGUUGGAUCAUAUUGCUCUGACAUAUUUUUUCGGUUUACUAAAGGAAACCGUGCCUUCUUGGUGCUAAGGUAUCUUCGGUGCUAUAAGGCAAACGAUAUUGUUGACUCCUUAAAACCGACUGCUCCUUAUGUAAGAAAAACUUUUGCACCAGAACCACCAAUGGAAAUUGUGUAUUGUGAAGGUUAUAAAUGGGCUACAGAUGACAAGUUGAAAAUGGCAAGAUCUUUGCCCAAGGAACCAGUAACAUAUGAAGUAGAAACGUUUUGCAUGAAAAAAGAACAUUCUAAAAGCGAUGCAAUGAUUAAACUGUUGGAGAAGGAGGUUGAAACAAUUGCUGAUUACAAGAAGAAGUUCUCAGUACUGCUUCAUAUGGAAGAACAUCAAUCUAGUAUUGACAUACAUCACUACAGUCUUAAAGAAAAAACAUUAGAUAAACAGUCAGGCAGCUCUCGAAAGUUCCUUCUUAAGGUUCCUGGUUUGGCUGAACGCCGGCCCUCAAUUUUGCGCGGUGACAGGAUAUACCUAAACAAGGUUGAUGCAUAUGGUAUGAGGUUGGAACCAAUAAAAUAUGAAGGAAGGGUUAUUGAAGUAAGACUGAAUGAAGUGGUUCUUCUGCUUAAUGAGUCGUUUGGCCGUAGUUAUAUGAAAGGUAUGAGGUUUAAUGUGUCAUUCACAUUCAACCGGCUACCAAUGAAACUUCAGCAUCGAGCAGUAAAUGGAAUUACAGAGGAUCAAAGGGAAAUAGUCUUUCCACAAACAAGACUUAAUGAACACAUGCCAGACCAAGUUGUUAAAAUGUACAACAGAGAUAUAGAAGGAAACCAGCAACAGGCAGAAGCUGUGAAACACAUUGUGUUUGGGAAGUCUCGAAUUCCAUACAUUAUCUAUGGACCUCCAGGCACAGGAAAAACUGUGACCAUGGUUGAAGCUAUUAAGCAGGUACACAAGUUUCACCCAGACUACAAAUGUUUGGUAUGUGCUCCAUCUAACAGUGCAUGUGACCUAAUGGCAGAACGUCUUAUUGGGCAUAUUGACAAGAAGCGCAUGUUUCGUAUGUGUGCGAUGUCAAGACAAUGGAGAGAUGUGCCUGAGAAAGUCAAGCCAAUUUCAAACUACAACAGUUCAACAGGAGAUUAUUAUUACCCACCAUUGGAAACAUUGAAGGAGUACACAGUGAUAUUAACCACAUUGAUUACUGCUGGCAGAAUUUCAUGGGCAGAAUUCCCGAACAACCACUUUAAUUAUGUGUUCAUAGACGAAGCCGGUCAUGCUGUUGAACCUGAAUGUAUGGUAGCUGUCGAAGGAAUUUUGGCAAAACGUGGCAGAGUGGUGUUAGCAGGAGAUCCAAAACAGCUCGGUCCAAUUAUCCGAUCAACCAAGGCAAAAAAAUUUGGAUUGGAUCAAUCUUACUUGGAAAGACUGAUGACAACUGUGGACUUGUAUGAGCCAAAUGGCACUGAAUAUGACACUUGGGUUAUCACAAAACUGCUUAAUAACUACAGAUCACACCCUGAUAUCAUCAAAGUUCCAAACGAGUGUUUCUACGAGAAUGAGCUUGAACCGCAUGCAGAUAUCUACAUGAGAGAAUCUUUUUGUACAUGGGAACAUCUUCCCAAAUCUGGAUUUCCAAUCAUUUUUCAUGGCAUUCAAGGGGAAGACAAAAGAGAGGAAAACAGUCCUUCAUAUUUCAAUCCACAAGAAGCUUUUAUAGUUUAUGAUUAUGUUGUCAAGCUUCUUGAGACACGAAGAAAUCGAGUUUUGCCAUCUGAAAUCGGAAUUAUUUCCCCAUAUAGGAAGCAGGUUCAAAAACUAAGAAAAAUAUUCCAAGACAAAAAAACACGAGGGGCAGAAGAAAUCAAGAUAGGAUCUGUGGAAGAAUUUCAAGGCCAAGAAAGAAAAGUUAUCAUCGUUUCAACUGUGCGGAGUGACUGCCAGUAUCUUACAGAAGAUCGGAAGUUCCAUCUCGGAUUUCUCCAAAAUCCAAAACGUUUCAAUGUGGCUGUCACACGUGCCAAAGCCCUUCUUAUUGUGGUGGGUAAUCCACACAUACUAUCUAUGGAUUUUUAUUGGAACUCCCUGCUCACAUUCUGCAUUGAUAAUGGAGGAUAUAAAGGAAUUGAAUUCACAAAGCAGGAUAAUUCUACCGACCCAGCUGAAGACAUGAUUUCAAGGAUGUAUGACUUAAGGUUGGGAGAAACGCUUGGCAUCAGCGCUGUACAAGAACAACUGGAUCCUCCAUGGAGAAACGAACAGUAAAGUUACUGGCACUUUCCUAAGUUGAAUUUUUUAAAAAGGCUUAAUUUACAGCUUCAAAGUGUUAUUUGUUUUUAAUGGUGUAUUGGAGAUUCUACAAGUCUUUUGAAAUUGUUUAAACAAAAUGCAUUUAUUUUAACUAUUAUGACAUUUAUUGAUUAGCAGCUUUGUAUAUAGCCCAAUACUGCGAUUCAGAUUGACUAUGCAGUUUCUGGUUUAACACUUUUUGUAAGGUUUUUAUUUCAUCUUUUUCAUUUGCCGCACUUCAAAAACAUAACUUCAUUCCUUUUGUACAAAACAAAAUCUAAAGUUAAACUAUGGUAUACUUGGUGUACAUCGCACUUACUAAGCUUACAUAUGUAUAUAGUAGAAGUAGGGUAUGUAACAUUUAGCUGAAACCAAUUGGGUAUUAUUAAAUACAUAUGUUGUUGGCCC